AUGGGUGAAGGAAAACUGAAAACAUUCCGCGAUCCGAUCUCCACCAUAACCGGUCCGUAUUAUUCAUCCCUUGCUGCUUCAAGAAAUCGAUGGGUAGACAUGGAAGCAGAUGAUGAUGCAAGUGAUUUAAUGUCAAGUACCUCCUCCUCAACGUUUUAUGAUGAGUCGAGUAAUACAUCUAAUGCAUCAUCAAGUUUUGAAGAACUGGUAGAUGAUGCGUCUUCUUCUUCGAGUAGUACUAAUGGGCCAUUGUAUGAACUGUCUGAUCUAAUGGCUACUCUUCCCAUCAAGAGAGGACUGUCUAAACAUUUUCAAGGAAAAUCACAGUCAUUUACUUCAUUGUCUGAUGUGAGUUGCAUAGAAGAUCUUGUCAAGAAAGAAAAUGGUUAUGGUAGAAAAAAGAUGAUCACGACUUGUAAGAGUUAUGGAGGUGGAUUAGAUAUACAAAAGAAGGUCAUAUCAAAGAAAAAUACCAAGUCUAAUUCAGCUCCUAGAUUUAUAGGUAGUCCAAGAAGACCUCCUCUAAUUCCUGCAAAAAGGAGUACUGUUUUUGCUAUUAGCCAAUCUUGA